AUGACCCGGGGGCAUUUGUCUCGUGGUCAUGGCAGUCGUCAGCCGCAUCAUGCUUCCCAGAAGUCCAAAGGUAGAGGUCGAAGUCAAUCUACUAGGGCCCAAAGCUCGUUGUCCCCAUCAUUAUCUCCAAGUCCGCCACCCGCUCCAGAGCGAGUUCGUUCGCGCAAGCGCCGUCAUGAGGAGUCCGAGUCUCCGACGGAUGACUCGGAAGAUGACCAUAACCAUCUCACGAAAUCAUCCAUUAAAAAAGACACAGAUCCUAUCAAGUCAAAAGGCCGAAUCUUUGGCCGCAUGGGUGAGAUGUGGCGACCAUUCGCCAGUGUCCUAGACGAUGGUGUCGGCCGAGACGCCGAUGACGAUCCCCAGGCUUACACCACUAUCCAAAACAUCCACCAUGAGAUUUACCAGGAGCUAGUCAAAAUAGCUCCCGGUAUUCCCGACGAAAUUAAGCGUCUUGGAGCUCAAGGCUCUGUGAUCAUCAGCGCUAAGUUGGAAGUUGGUCGGCGUGGCUCCCGCAGUGAGGACAUAAAUUCCAUGAAGGACAAGAUUGGCCGGUGGCGCACCUUUGCACCACCUUACAAUCCAGACCAUCGAUCCAUGCUCGGUUUCAAGUAUCCUGACUGCGGAAAGCUUUUGUGCCCUGCAAGUUUGGACUGGAAUGAUUCAAGGCAUCAUACUGAAACUACCGGCAGUGUUCGAUCGAAUUUGCGCGACGGCAUUACGAAAGCGAGGCCCGACGAUUUCCCGCUAUUCCUUUACUCAGACGAGCAAGUCGAUACUGAGGAUCUUUUCCAUGGCUUCCUACGGAAUAUGAUUCUUGUUAAGGCUGGUGACGCUCACGGAUAUCUUCACGUCUUUCGCGGCCCAAGUACCGCGACGAAUUCAGUACGAUCAGGCACACGCAAAGGCAAUGCAGCCACUCACUCGAUUAAUAAGGUUUCUGUUCCUUCCAUAGCUUAUAUUGCCACACUGAUCCGUUUCGUCCUUUCCGAUCAACCGACGUUCAGCGCUGGAGGGACUUCUGGUCACUGGCCAUAUCGCACAUUCUAUCGCACACUUCUGGAGGUUGUCAGUAUCAUGGAUUCUCACGAGCGAGAGGAUCUGUUAAAUUGGUGGAACGACAAAAUCUAUGCUGACUUUGCGGACCUUGAGGAGGAAAACGAUGGCAUGUUGAGUAUGGCUGCUCGGAUGAAAGCCCAAGCUACUUCAGCGUCAUGGCCAAGGCCCAGGCCAAUGGCUGUCAACCGUGAAAAUCGUGACAAUGUGCUGGAAUCAGUUGGUACGAGCUAG